AUGGAUAGCCGUCGUGCCGUUCUCUUUCUCGUGUUGCUCUUCUUCCUCUUCACCACCCCAGAUCCGCACCCACAAGCUCCAUUAACAAAAGAGGAGCUCCAGAAGAAAAUAGAUGAGGAGCAACAAGCUCUGUCAUUCCUCAACUCUUCGAACUAUGGCGACUUUGACAGCCAAAACGAACGUUGGCUGCCGCUUACGGGGCUAACGAAAGAAGAUGGCUUCGCCUGGGGCCUGUUGCCCGAAGUGCAGCACAGAGCUAGGGAACAGCUUCAAUCUAUCCUUCAGUCUUUAGGGAUUUUAGCCUUGGGGCCUUUGAACUCCUUAUCGCCCGACUCUAGUCUCACGAAUUUGACCCUUCCUGUAUACCGAAAUGUAACCGGCAGAGUGCGAGGGGACUGGGUAAGAUGGAAAGAACCAGAGUCAGCGAAUCGCCCACACCUGAAUAUGACCUCUAUUGCGAAAAAAUACCCUCUUUUUGUGCGUGAAUUUGGUCAUAAUGUCACCACAGAUGAGGGCCGGCUGGUGAUUGACUUCCACGAACGGGCCGAGGUUGGCGAAGCCAUGAGUGUCAAUGGCGUACCGGUUCGCGAAAUCGAGGCACAUAUAAUGGUUGAAAUGAACGACUCCCUCGGAGAAACAUGGGCUAUGACAGUGUUUGGGCUGCACUUUGAAGCCACCGGGGCAAUGGUGCUGACGACCUCCAGUGACAAAUUUGCCGGACUAAUGGCGUUGCCUCACAUGACUCUAUCAAGAGACAGCUUUGAAGUUUCGCGCCAGCUACUUAAUAGGUCUCUUCUUAAUUCCCUGGGAGAAGAUAAAGCUCUACAGGAGCGGUACCUACCUUGGGCCUCGUUAUCUCAUCCUGCUGACAAGCUACCUUUUCCCUCCCCGAAGUGUGAAUACGUUGUGUACCUCCAACAACAUCCGGUCAUUAUCAAUAAUGAGGUAGCCCAGGAAUCUAUGAUAGGUACAAUUGAGAGUGAACUACGGUUUCCCAAGGGGACUCCAAUCCCCGACGCACCGCCAAUGCUGAUGUCUGCUUCAAUGUUUUCACCUGACUGCGGCUUUGUCCUAGAAUCUAAAGGAUCUCCUGCAUAUGCGCCUAGUGAUAGGCUCUAUAUAUCUGGCUUGAAGCGAGAGGAGCACUCCAAAUAUGCCAAGAGAUUCAUCGUUAUUGUUGCCGGUACUUUCAUACUUCAGAUUCAUUUAUUAAUGCGCCAGAUGAAGGAGUCGUCCACACCAUCCACCCGAAGUCGAGUAAGCUUUUUUACCAUAGCAAUGAUGUCUACUGGAGACUACCUUUUUAUAUCAUUUGUACUUGUGAAGCUGUGGUCCGAAGCUUCAUGGCUAUUGUUGGUAGCCACCUCCUUUCUGGCCUUAUUUUCUAUCAGCUUUCUGGGUAUGAAGUUUCAAAUUGAAAUAUGGACAACUCAGGAGCCUGAACGUAGGACAACCAGCUCCUCUUCAUCGUCGCCUCCUUCCUCCCUGCCCAUGCCGGCGACUGUCCCCGAACCACGGGACACAGGCGCAACGCCAAUUACUCUUCCUCCAGAUCAGGAUAUGCCUGUCAAUGGCACUCCGCUGAACACUUUCCAGACCAUCGAGGGCGGAGUUAGUGCAGGGGCAAUGUAUACUCGCUUUUACGUUAUGCUCCCUACCUUGUUUCUGCUUUCAUCCUGGGCGGCUUUUUGGCCUACUCGACUCGCCGCAAUGUACGCCAAUAUGAUUUCCUUUAUCUACCUUUCCUUCUGGUCACCCCAGAUAUAUCGAAAUAUCAUGCGAAACUGUCGGAAGGCAUUUCAAUGGGAGUUUGUCGUUGGAGAAAGCAUUCUCCGUGUUUUCCCCUUCAUAUACAUCUAUCUCUUUCCACGAAAUGUCUUGAUGGUAACAUUAAGCUCCACUGAGAUAACCAUUUACGUAUCAUGGGUUUGGAUCCAGCAUUGGUUGCUCGUUAGCCAAAAUAUCUUGGGUCCGAGGUUUUUCAUUCCGAAGAGCUGGCUUCCGCCAGCAUAUGACUAUCAUCCAAUCUUACGGGAUGCAUCCGCCUCGGGGUCGGGCGAGGAUUUAGAGUCAGGAGAUACCCUCCCUGUCAGCUCACUUAGGGCCGAGCAGCGCGAUGUUCUAGUAACUUCCAAAGAAGAGGAUAAACCAGGCAGCAAAGAUCGAAAGAAAAAGGUGUUCGACUGUGCCAUUUGCAUGCAGGACAUAGAAGUUUCUAUUACUUCAACACCCGGAAAUGGGGCUGGAACCAGUGUAGCAGAAAAUGCCACCAACAUCCUGGCCAGACGUUCCUAUAUGGUCACUCCGUGCCGCCAUAUUUUCCAUAGCUCAUGUUUGGAGACUUGGAUGAGACUCAGAUUGCAAUGCCCUAUCUGCCGCGAAACGAUCCCACCGAUCUAG